AUGGCCGACGUCGAAGUGCUUGCGGAUCCGGCGGCGAUGUCGACUGAGGAGCGGACGGACGAACUCGUUCGCCUGAUCUCCCUUGACGACCUCCUGGGCGUUCUGCUGGUUCUGUACUGCGUCAAGGGCGAUGAAAUUGACGGCGUCUGGUGGAGGAACGGCCGCGAGGAAGCAGCUCACGAAGCCGCCUCCCUGCUCGCUAUGGACCUCGAAGGCGCUGAAACGUACAUUGGACAGCAUGACUUGCUUCCAGACGACACCGGAGGGCACAUGGACCCUGUCGAAACCCCGCCAAUACCCUCUACGUCAGCACCUGCUCCUCCCAAGCGUCCAAGGUCUCCCAGCCAUGAUGCUAUCCGAGGUGGCCGGAGCAGGAGCCGAUCUCCUCGCCGGGCCGCAGACUACGAACGCUCCCAUCACUCACAUGAGCAAGACUCGCGCCGCCGAUCUUCCCGCCCUCAUUCGCCUCAGCCUGACGACCUCGCUCUGACUGAUGCGAUGCCGGCUUACUGGAGCUUCAUCGGCAACAUCCCUCUGUCAAUCUCCGAGCGGUUCAUUUUCGAGAAACUUGAGGAGUACGGCAUCCGAGUUGCGGACGUCUUCCUGUCACAGUCGCCUCGCAAGGAUCGCCGUUUCGCCUACGUUGCCUUUCCCACCUCCCAAGAAGCAGACAGUGCGGUGUCGCUUCUGCACGACUUUCGGACUCACGGCGUUCCGCUGCUGGCGAAGCCUUUCACGGACCGAGAAACGGGCUCAAAGCAGCCUCGACUUAGCGAAUGGCAUCCGCUCAGGCGCUAUGUCGAUGCAGUGCGGCAGGCGGAACGGCCAAGCCAUCUUCGCCGAAUCGGACUCUUCCUUCUCCACCUCGCGCAAGGGACGACCCAGCAAGAUAUCGCGCGCUUUGCACAGCACAGCAUCCCGAUCGAGGUCAUCUCCAGCAUCCUCGUUCGUCAGGCGGGCAGCAAUGUCCUCGCUUUCAUCGACUGUCACGAAGAGCAGGCAUGCCGAAAAGCCAUCCUCGACCUCGACGGGAAGAUCCUCAACGGCGCGGCCGUCCGCGUCGGCUGGCAGGAGCUUUCCGGCGUUCGAGACUCCGCAAUGGACAUCCGCAGGAACUACGAAACGCGACAGGCGCGUCUGUCAAAAGCUGAUUCUCCGAACAAGCGGCGUCGUAUGGAGGACGACGGUCCGCCUACACUCGCCCCGCCUUCUCGUCACCGAUCGUUGAAUGCGAAGGCGAGAGGAAAGGCUCUUGCGACUCAAGUACCGCGCGCCGAAGCUUCCACUGAUUGGCGUCAGGAUGUGCACGUCAAGGGCGAUCUGCGAAAGCAGAUGUCCCUGGGUCAACACGCCGACUUGCGAGCCACUGCGCCGACGGCUUCGCCUCGCAACGGCACCAGUGUCGACAGCGUCUCAUCUCAUGCCGCCACACACAGUCAACUGAGCUACUCAAGUCUCUCAGAGAGUUUCUCUCGUCUCUCGUCAUUGGAGGUGCCGAGCGAGGAAGUCGAAGCAGUCCAGCGCAUAUGGACGUCUUUCGACGGCCCAGCCUCAGCGUCUGCCGACGGCUCCGUCAAACUCAGCGCAACCUUCGGCUUUGCGACCAAAGACGAUGCAGUCACCGCCCUCGAGGCGAACAGAACCUCGCCAGCCUUUCCAAACGACCAGCACAUGCAGCGUCGAUACGAAUCCUUCCUUCGCUCGCAAGCCGGGAUGGACAAGGACUGGUACAUGGCCUUUCUUACUCAGCUCGUCGAGUUCAACCGAACGACGGACUUGUUCGUCUCGGCCGUCUGCACCCCCUCUCCGGCAGGCUCGGCAGCCACGAUGGACGGCCAUGGCACGCAGCUCUCGGCGGGAAACGGGGACGCGCUCGCCAACUGA